UAGUCUCUGGCGCUUGCCGCAGCGAUGCUGACUCCUGCGUUCGAGUUGAGCCAGGACAGCGACUUCCUCACGGUCGCCAUCCGCGUGCCCCACGCGCGCAUCUCCGAGUUCGACGUGUACUUCGAAGGGGUAGACUUCAAGUUCUACGCUAAGCCGUACUUUCUGAGAUUAACACUUCCUGGAAGGAUUGUAGAAAAUGGAACAGAGCAGGAGUCCUAUGAUGCAGAUAAAGGAAUUUUUACUAUUCGAUUGCCCAAGGAAACUCCCGGCCAGCACUUUGAGGGGUUGAACAUGUUAACUGCUCUACUGGCCCCAAGAAAAUCCAGGUCGGCCAAACCACUUGUGGAAGAAAUAGGUGCUUCUGGGGUUUCUGAGGAAGGAGCUGGCAAUGAGGAUGAAGAGUUUGACUGGGAAAUUGAGCAGGCUCCCUAUGAAGAGGUCUCGGAAAGUACACUGGAAUCACAGUGUCACUAUGGAUUUGGAAACCUGCGGGCAGGCGUGGUUCAGCGGCUGCAGGAUGAACUGAGUGAGGUCAUUGAUAUUAAGGAUCCAGAUUUCACUCCUGUGACUGAACGACGGCAGAAACGCCUGGCUGCUGAGCUGGCCAAAUUUGAUCCAGAUCAUUAUCUAGCUGACUUCUUUGAAGAUGAGGCAGUUGAGCAGAUUUUGAAGUACAGUCCAUGGUGGGAUGAGGUACAUGCAGAAAUGAUGGCUUCUGUGGGAAAGAGCCAAGAGCAAGGAGCUGACGCUGCUGCCUUAGUGUCUUUUUCAGAAGAGGAAAAAUAUCAGCUACGGAAAUUUGUGAAUAAGUCUUACCUCCUGGACAAGACGGCUUGCCGUCAAGUGUACUACAGUUUAGUUGACAUCCUCCUGGCCUAUUGUUAUGAAGUCCGUAUCACUGAAGGGGAGUACAACGUCGAAUCUGCAUGGACUAUCAGAAAGCUGAGCCCAACACUCUGCUGGUUUGAGAUGUGGAUGGACGUUCAUGAAAUCCUGGUGUCUUUUGGAAGGAGAGUUUUGUGCUACCCGCUUUAUCGUCAUUUCAAGCUGGUGACAAGAGCCUGUAGAGACACUGUAAAGAUACUGCAACUAGGUAAGAGUGCAGUUUUAAAGUGUCUCCUGGAUAUUCACAAAAUCUUUCGGGAAAAUGACCCAGCCUAUAUUUUGAAUGAUCUCUACAUCUCAGACUACUGUGUAUGGAUUCAGAAGGCCAAGUCCAAAAAGUUGGCUGCCCUCGCAGAAGCCUUGAAAUCAGUCUCCCUCAGUAAGGCCCAGCUGGGCUUCGAGCUGCUAGAACUGGAAGCCGCCGCACUUCUUGUCCAAGAGGAAGAAACUGCCAGAAAAGUAGCCCAGUGCAGUCCCACACAGCAGCCUUCACAUUCCAGUCCUGAGCUCAGUGACUCGGACAGCACCUCAUCGUCUGGCACAGAAGACUCAGCGUCAGAGGAAGAGGAGCUCGUUGGGACCCAGCCCUCGCUGCUCACUUCUCUGCAAGCCCCCCUUUUGGAAGAGGACAGUGCCCUGCUCAUCAGGGAUAGUGGCCCCUGCAGAAACCUGGCCAGCCAGGGAUGUGCAGUCAGUCACGGGCAACCACUGGCCUCUUCCCGGGCUCCUCUGAUAGAGGAGAUUGGAGAUAGUGGCCCCUGCAGAAACCGGGCCAGCCAGGGAUGCACAGUCAGUCAAGGGCAGCCGCUGGCCUCUUACCAUGAUCAUCUAACAGAGGAGGUUGAGGACAAACUGAGGACCAUGCUUCGGGUUUCCACACCUCAUGGUGUAAGUGCUGGGAGCCACAGCAGUAUACAGGAUGGAGAGGAGAAGGGACAGGUGCACCGUGAUGGACUCAAGUGA